AUGAGCCGUGCAGAGGCCGCUCCGCUUCUCGAGGCCGCCCUGAGGUUCCUCAAGAAAUUGGCGACGGCUGGGCCGGGGAAGCGCAGCGCGCGUGGCAAGAACAAGUCCGCCGAUGCCCAGUCCGGGAAGGAGCAGGUGGAGACUCACGUCCAAAACUUGUGCACCUUCGCCUGGGAGUGGGGCCUCACCAAGAGCCAGCUGCGCAUUGUGGUGGAGCUCUUCACCAAGCACCAACUUCAUGACGCCCUCGUGAAGCGGUUGCUCGAGGCACUCAUCCCGCAGGAGAAGGUGGACGAGGAGUGCUUUUGGCUGGCUCUCGAAUGGAUGGUCGUCACUUACGAUCUCCUAGCAUCGACCGCCAAGGUUCGCGAGCCCAACACUCCUUAUCCGCUGGACCUGUAUGGAGUGAUCUUUCACUGGAUCGAAUACGAAACGCUGCGACCGCUGCUGUGCAACCUGCUCUAUCGAAUGACCCGGCCACAGGAUGUGCUCACCUGGCGCCUGAGGAACAAAGUCGGACCCGAGCCGGCCGUCGAUGUACUCUUGGCCCUCUACAAAGAGUACAAGCCCUCGGCCGUCACAGUGGCACUGCCGUCUCGCUCCAAGCCCCUUCACACCCUCCUCAAGCCAAAGCGAACGGGCCGCGACUUGUAUCUGCGGAUCAUCGAAUUGCAGGGCGACCCCUUCACCACCCCCUUCGAGCAGCAGCGCAACAAGCCCAAGACCACCAAGAACGGUGCGGUCAAACCGUCCAUCUCGCACUUCGCCAAGGGUCUGGAGGAGCUCGAGAUACCCGCGCAGGCCGCCACGCUCUUCCGCAGAAGCCUGGUGGGGCGGCUGACAAAUUGGCUGGGCUUCAUUCUCGAGGAGGAGGUCUUUUGGAAGGACUCCACCACCGCCCAGCACGAAGCCCGCCUGCGAUUCCUCCUAUCAAAACUUAUCGACUUCGGCCGGGCCAACAACGGCCUCGUCCCUACACUGGAGCGCUUUUUCUACAGCUACAUCGAGCGAUGGAACGGCACAGACCACAGCCAGGAGGUUCUCGGACUCAUAUCGCUGGCCAAUGGCUGUGCCUUUGCCGACCUGCAGGAAAACCUGCUCAACCCGCUCACCGCGCUCUUCUUCACCUCCACCACUCUGGGCAAGGCUCGUCUCCUCGACUGCUUCACGGCCAUCAUCAAGCGGUGGACCACCUACGAUUGGCCCAACUGGACCAACCCCGACAACCCGCCGCCACUCCGCCGAGCCACAGAGGAGAAAAGGGGACGACACAUCGACGUGGCCCAGGUGGCCCUACACUACCGACCCUUGUAUAUGCUGAUUCGGUACGUGGACCGGAUGUGCGUGCUGGGCUUGCUCGCCGAACGAGACCAUGCCGUGGUGCAGCACGCGGCCCUUUGCUUUGUCGAGACGAUAUCGCGGCUACACAUUGGGUUCCAGGUGCCGAUGGUCAUUCCCCCAUCGGAGGGGCUGGUCUACCGCCUUCUCUUUGCGCACACCGCGAUGCCGGUGUCGCGCCUUUGCGGCGCGCUCGUGUCCUACAAAUCCGAUUUUGAGGAGCUCAAGCGAAAGAGCGCGCAGCUCAAUUCCUAUAUCUGGGACUUUGCGGUGGCCCUGUGGCGGCAGAGGCUGUUCACGCCUACCCAGGACCCCACCACGGGCAAGCCUGGCUUCAAGGAGACCCUCGGCCUAUCGGAGUGUGCACCACCCCUCUCCCAGUGGAGCUGCCAACUGAGCAGCCAGCAUGCACCGGCGUGCUUGUCGUUCACGCACGCCAUCGUGUUCUCCAACUUCGCCCUCGAGUACAUGCGCGCCGUCGAGCAGCAGUCCGAAGGACCCUCGCGCAUUCCACUGCAUCCCGACAUGAUCAAGGAGGUGCACAAGUUCCACUACGUCGAGUUCUUGAAGGAGCGAGGGCUCGACGGUCUUUACGAGUUUCUGUGCACUUUCGUGGCGUCCCUUCGGCAACGCGUGCAGCUACAGCAACAACAGCAACGUGAUGCCACUAGGGGAUAG